AUGACCGAAAGUGGUUCUAAUACUAAAGAAAAAGCAUCUGGAAAUUCAUCUCGGUCUAUUCAUUUGAGUUCACAAGCCAAUAAUGGAAACAGCAAGAGCGAUGACAAGAUACCCAAGAAAAAUGAUGACCAUAACAAUAAGAAAACAAAUUCUAUAUCUUCCAGAAUUUUCCAACUUCGUCAAGCUGGGACUUUAAAAGAUUCUCCAACUAGCAAUAUUACAGAAUCUGAAUCGACAGACAAUAACUCCUCAAUAGAUCAAUCAUAUUAUAAACAACUGGCGCGUGAACUUCAAAUAAAAAGACAACGCGUCAACGCGUUUAUGAAGACACUUGGCGUGGAUCAAUCUAAUUAUAAACAUCCAAAUUCAAAAAAAUUUACUGUAAAUGACCAGCAAAAGUAUGAUUCUGAAGCCGCAUUGGGGGUACAACAAUUCAGUGAAGAUGAAGAUAAUGAAGAUGAGGAAGUUUUAGAAUACAAUAUUACCGAUAAGUAUCGAUACCCGGCUAUACCACCAAUUGAUAAGAUAUACAGACAGUCUCGAAUGUAUAAAUCCAGUGGAAAUCCGCCUGAAAUCCCUGUAAUGGUUCCUGCAAAAGAUGAUGUACUACUGAAACGUGAGCUUGACAUUUCUCUUCUUUCAGAAGCCACGUUGUUAAUUAAACAGGCUGAAGAAGAAAACUCCCAAAAAAACACUCAUGGAUCCCAGAAAAAUGUACGAAUAUUUUCACCUCGAGUGCUAGUAAAGAUUGCAUACCUGGAGGCAGUUAAGCGAUCAAUAGAUGGCGAUUCUUUUGUAACAAAAGGUGGAUUAAAAAACAUGUCUAAUGCGCCAUUAUGCAUUGGUAUAUGUGGCCGUUACUUGGAAAAUUAUACAAAUGAGUUGAAUUUGUACAAGAAACAUCUUUUAAAGUAUCGCGACUCUUUAAAGGCUGAUAUUGAUUUUGAAACACGACUGGCUAAAGAAGUUAGUGACAUUGGUAGCAUGGCUGUAGUAGAGACUAAAAAAGCGGAAAACAUCACAACAAAAAUUGAAAGUGCUAAAUUUUCAAGUGACAAACAACAACAUCAUCCAUAUCAUGUUGAAGUUCUUGAAAAGCUUGCUAGACGUCGACGAACUGUACAGGAGGAAGUCGCAGGCCUUAUGGACAGUCUAAAAUAUCUCAUUGAAGAUCAUCUUGCACCUUAUAUUUCGGAGCACACGCACGAGAUAAUGCGCUCUUCAGCUUAUUUUGUUAAAGUGGGCAAACCUAAUCCAUUGUCAUUAGAGACAUCUGAAACUCAUGAUUCAAUGUCUGCCAUAUCAAGUACCCCAGAACUAGCUGAAAAAGCUACUAGCACCGAUUCAUAUGACGAAAAAACCCAUGGAUCCCCUUCUAAAGAUUCAGGCGAAGUACCUGAGGUACUUACUUCUGCAGCAUCAGCCAACAUUUCUGCAAUAAAAAACUCAAAAAAGUACGCCAUCCCUAAAGAGCUUCAAAUCACGACAGACGAAAAGGAUCCUGUACGGAUAUCAAUCAAACUUCAAUCAAUCAUUUUAUUUCUUCUCAACCAGUUACUGGAGUCUACCGAAGACGAGCCUCUGUAUCUACAAGUUCCAACAUUAGACGACCAUGUUGUCAAAUUUUUAAUCCAUUGUCAGGUUGCCACACAGGACAGCCAAGAGCCCCACUUAAUUUCAUUACGAGACUUUGGAAAACCCAUUGGUCCAUCAACAAAGUUUCGUGUCAAAAUUUUAUAA